AAUUAAUUAUCAUGUAUGGCCGUUAUAAAACUAAAAAAAAACUUAGAAAAAUACAGAGGAAAGAGGGUUGUUUGAAAAUGACACAAUAGACGACUCUCGUUGCAUUGAAUUUGAGUGAACCCCACACUCUCCCAACGGCCAUCUCCAUUCUCUUCUAUCUCUUCACAAACUCUGUCACCCAUUUCUUCUUCCAUUAAAGAACCUUAAACGACCUCGUAAGAAAAAUGUCCAACAUUUCCCCAAUCUUCACCAUCUCCAACUCUCAACAUUUCAGCGACUAUGGCUUCGAUCCCCAGCUCCACUACUUUCAGGUUAUGGAAGAAGCGAGGAAGCAUAAGAGAGAAACGUCAUCAAAAUCAUACAUGAACGGUCUUCAAUUCAAGAUCCAGAAACCCAUUUCAAAAGACAACCCGACCCGGUCCACAAUGCACAACGACAAGAAGAAGAAACGGUGUUGGUGGAAGAAAGCUUUGCCUUUCUUCAAAUGGCGGAAAUGGCCAAUCUCCACCGUCGGCGUGAACGAAGAUCGUAGGGCUAGAAAUUUUCGCGCCGUAGCCGGGUCGAUGUCGAUGUCGGGUCCAAUUUACGCAACGGAGAGUCUGAGCGGGUCGAGCACACCGUACCGUACGACGACGACAAAUAGACCUUCGUCGGGACCUAUAGCGAGAACAUUGACGCCGGCGAGGAAAGGUGACGUGGCGAACCCAUAUCUGAGCUUACGAGAGCUAAACAUGGACCAGCCACAGAGGAUUUCUAUCUCUUCUUCGCCCAUUUACUUGGUCACGUAAAAAGUUAACAACCCCUUACAAAAAAGAAUAAUUUAACUUUUCUUUUUGGUCGGGGGAAAAAAUUCAAUAGGAAAAUGUGAUGUUUCAUCUAUCUUUUUGCAAGUGGUGAAAGCUGCAACAAAGUUUCAUCUAUCUCACGUGAAUCAAUCUAGUUGCCUCUUUUUUAAUCUAUAGAUUAUAGAUAUAAACCUCUUUGUAUGCUUGUAUUUAACAUCGCCUGAAUUAUAAUUAAUUAAAAUUUUCAAAUCGUGAUGGUUGAAACUUGAAAGUGAUUGGAACCGGUAAGAGUGGAUAUUCCUUUGUCUUUGUACGACUUCUUUAUUAUUAAUGUUUGGUAAA